UGCUGUUGUUAUCCACAAGCUGAGGAUAAGCCUUGUUUCUCAAACCAAAAUGUAGUAUAUAUUUAGUUUACUAAUAGCUUCAUAGCCAUUCAGAUAUGGCUGAAUUGCUCGAGCAAGGCUAUCGACAGUCGGACUGCGACUAAUGCCUUAACCUCUUGGGCUUGCCUUGCACCAGAGGAGCUGCAGAGUACAAGAUGCUGCUGAAGAUGCCCCAGAAGCUGCUGAAGACUGCCCACUACAUAGAGCUGGGCAGCUACCAGCACUGGCCAGUCCUGAUACCCCAGAGGAUAAGGCUGUACACCUAUGAACAAAUCCCCCUCUUUCUCAAAGAAAACCCCUAUAUCACAGAUGGUUACAGGGCCCACCUGCCCUCCAAACUCUGUCUAAGGAGUAUUUUUAUCCUGUCUAAUGAGACUGUGAAUAUCUGGAGCCACCUAUUGGGUUUCCUGCUCUUCUUUUCUCUUGGGGUCAAUGACCUCUCCUCAGUACUGCCGGCCUCUGGAGCAAACAGAGAGGACUACGUCAUCUACGCUAUAGGACUGUUCUGCUUCCAGGUGUGCAUGUUGUGCUCCGUGGGGUAUCACAUGUUCUCGUGCCACCGAUCAGAGAAGACUUGCCGUCGCUGGCUGUCGUUGGACUACGCAGGCAUCUCUGUUGGCAUCCUGGGCUGUUACGUACCUGGGAUCUUCUACGCUUUCUACUGUAAUGCUUUUUGGAGACAGGUCUACCUGCUGACAGUGCUGUCUCUGAUUCUGGCAGUCUUCUGUGCUCAAGUCCACCCUCAUUACCUCAGCAAUGACUGGCGACGGAUACGGAUGGCGAUCUUCUGCUGCGUGGCAGGCAUCAGCGUGGUUCCUGCGUGCCACUGGGUCUGGCUCAAUGGAGGCUUCACCACUGAUGUUGUAAAGCUCUUCCUGCCUCGUGUGAUUGUGAUGUACUUGAUAGCUGGAUCAGCCUUCCUGUUCUAUGUCACCAAGAUCCCUGAGCGCUAUUUCCCUGGCCAGCUGAACUACCUGGGUGCCAGCCACCAGGUGUGGCACAUACUGGUGGUGGUGAUGUUUUACUGGUGGCAUCAGACAGCUGUACACAUCAUGCACUUCAGGCACAGCCAGUCCUGCCCGACCCGCACCGGCAGCAGCUAAGUCAAACUGAUCACUAAUGUUAUGGAAAGGCAAUCAUGCUAAUAUCCAUAAUUGUUUUUAAUAACAUCAGUUAAACUCACUUUGUUAGUAAUCAAAGACUUCCUGCUAGUUAGCUGCUGGUUAGAAGAUGCUGCCUAAAGGUGUUUUAACCACUAACUAACAGAAACUAAUGACUUUUAGGGGUAAAACAGAGAGUCUGACAUUAACUGUUAGCUCUCACUGAGCCGUUGGUUAAAGUUUGGCUAAUGUUAAAUGCCAGUAUUUAAAGCUGCUGUCUCCAGCAGCAGAUAUCAGCCAUUAGCUACUGUACAUCCUUUCUCUUAACCACCAUAACCAUUCAGAUAAAUGCAUGAAGCAGGAAUUUUAAAUUCAUUUGUAGAAACAGAGUAAAGGUUUGGUGGUUUUACUUGCCGAUCAUAUUAUCUCUUGAUUGGUUUUGAUUGUGAUUUUUUUUUUUUUGUACUAAAUAUUGAAAAAAAAUAUUAGAUUCUUUUGAAUCAAACAUUUUAGCAUGUGUGAACAAUGCCUUUAUGCAUCUUAUUUAGUUCUGUCUAUGAGUUCCUACAUGAUUAGAUUGUAUUAAAUGUAUCGAUCAAAGAGGGAGAGCACAGAACAAAAAAACAUGCAACUGGAAAUCAACAUAUGGAUACUGUGAACCACCUGUUUCUAAGAGAUAAUGUCUCCAGGCUUGAGCACUUGAACAAAUAUUUAAAUGCCAAUCAACAAUCAAUAUGCAAUAUCUAAGAAAAAAUGUGGGAACUGUAUUAAGGCUAUAGUAUUUUGUUUUGUUAGCACUGCUUGAUUUGUGUUUUUUGGUGUUGUUUUUGGUGUGUAUUGUUUUGCCUUUGGAACAAACAAAGUGGCAGUGAGGAAAAAAUGUAAAGUAAUAAUUCACCUUAAAAGUGGCAAUUCCCAUAUCAAUCAUUCACCCUGUGCUGCAUUGAAUGAAAGUCAAGAAAGCUUAGUUUUUUUCUCACAUGCCUCCAUGGUGAACUGAGAAUCCAAAAGCAUACAAAGUUAUCAAUGAAUUGAUUUGAUAGGGGACCACGUUUAACAACAGCAGAACUACAGUGAUAACUGAGGAUGCACAAGUGUGUGAGAGUUUGUGAAUAGAUGCAUAGGUAUAAUUUUGCUGUUAUUAAAGGCAUCCCCCAUGACUUUAAGUUAUCAAGAAUGUUCUCAUUUCUUUUAAUUCUUUGUUCACCUUUGAGGCAUGCAAGAAAAACAAAUUUUCUUUUGGAAUGUAACAUCACAUGGAAUGGGUGAUUGACACACCAAUGAUCAUUUUGAGGAUGAAGUGUUUCUUUAUUACUCUACAGUUGCCAAAGCCAGUAUGUUAGGGCUGCACAAAGUAAGAUAUCAUAUCAGCCUAAAUGCUAGAGCAACAGAGUUAAAAAUGUUUUGCAGUCACUCCCUUUGCUGUAAUUGCAGAGUAUUGGCAUCUCAAGGUAAGUGAAGUAAAAAGCCUGACUCAGCAACUACAGUUAAAUCCAUUUAUAUCUCCAUCAGUCUCCAGACAUAGUAGUACAUAUUUCGAGUCUCAUCUGGAGUCACCAAUGUGUUAGAUUUUUCCUUAUUUGUCCAUUCCAGCUUUCACUUGUAGAAAAGAAGUGUAAACACAAUAUCAUUAAGGGGAUAUUUAUUUACAUUUGAUGACAUUAUUGUGGCCAGUAGACAUGCACUACAUUGACAGAGAUUUCCAAUGACACCACUACUAACAGUACUGUGUUAAACAAAAAAUAUUUUUCACCUACUUCACUGGGCUGCACAUGGUUUUGAUUUUAUGCGCUCUGAAAUUUAUGCCACCACUUCAAUACAAUUGAGGUAAAUUACAUUUCAUUUCUGGAUAUCACAACAUUGAAAAAUGACGAUUUCAACAGUUUUUUUUCAGGGACUAUUGUAUGUUUUUGAGCAAAUAAAACCAAAACUAGCUGCAUGGCUAGAUGAGGAAAAUGUCUAUUGUAACUUGGAUGAAAUCACCCUGUAAUAACAGCUCAAUUUGAAUGAUAAAGACAACAAAAUGCAUUUCUACUGACGAUCCAGAGAGCAGUAGCACUUACAGUAAGCUCUCUCUGAUUGCCCGAUAAAGCAGGCGGCUUUCAAGUUAUCAGCUGAAGUUGUUAUCAGAUAUCACCACUGGAGCUGUUAAAGGCUGGCUUUUGCUGUCUGUUAAAGUGUUACAGGCAUGUAUAACACUUUUUUCCAUGGCACAAUUUGGGACAUAUUUUAAUGUUUAGUGUUAUUUUUUUACCAAUCAUGUUUGUACUUCAUUUGCCUUAUUAUCUUUGAGUAUUUGUACUGUAUAUGCACUUACUGUUACAAUCUGUUUUGGGUCAUGAAUUGAACAAAAAAAUGAUCAGAGAGAUAUCAUGUUUGCUGUUACACCACAAAGCCAGUAUGGUUUGUUCUUUUUAUGUAGUACAGUUUAAUGUUAAGAACAAGUUAUGAAUUUUAGUUGAGAUGACUUCCUGCUGCAGAGCUGAACUAAGUGACUUUAUUUUGCCUUUUUGAGUGUGUUUUUAUUUCUGAACAUGAAUAAGUAAUCAUCAUAAACUGCUUGAUCCUUUUCUGAAUGAUCUCAUGAUUGUGUUAUCUAGUGUAUGUGUUUUCCUUGAAUAUCAUUUGUAUGAAAAAGCACUGGCGCUGACUUUCGAGAUGUAUAUUUAUAUCAGUGCCUAUGUGAAAUUAUAUUUUUAAACAUUUUGAAUGAAUAAAAGAAUGCUGGGAAAUCAGUCGUUGGUGAGAUUUUUUUUCAACCGCCCAUUAAUUGAUUUAAUUGAUUGUAAUGUCUUUACCUUAAUUCAUAUUAAUCCCGUGAUCAUUGUUGAAGAAGCAUCAUGCGCUUGUUUCUGCUGUUCACAAUAUUGAACAGUAGAGGGCAGCUUUGAUGCAAAAGUUGCCCAUUUAUGAGUUCAUAGAAAAUUUGGUUGCAGAUUUUCAGAUUUUUAUAUAACACAUUAACACACAUGUUCUGUUCAUCUGUCUCUUUCUAGGAAUGCAUCUCCCAAAAGCAGGAGCCAUGUCUGUUGCCCCAUUUGACCAGUUUUGCCAUCCUUUGUCUUCUUUGGAGGACAUCGGUGGCAUUUCCAGUGGCAAUUGUGGUACCAAAACCAGCCGCACACGCUGCACACAUUUAGGAAAGCAGUUGGGGUGCAGCCAGGAGCCAUGGAGAAGGAAACCGUCACGGAGCACUAAAGGAGUCUCCACCUAUACAGUCACAGCAACCCACCUACAGAGUCAUCUCCACCUAACUAGUCAGCAAGUAAGUCAAAACACACCAAACAUCAAUGUCAUCAAAGAACGUGGCAAUGAAGGCCGACUGUUGUGUCCCCUCAUGUUGUCUGUGUCUCGUCCAAGACAUUACGCUUGAACACACCACAAAGACCACGGCCAAUACAAUGGCCAGCAAGUAAGUUCAUGACCUGAAUGAGUGGGAUUACUCUCCAUAGAAGCAGGCAGCGGGAGUCUGUAUUAGAUUAAAAAAGUGAAACUAUAAGACGGACAGUUAGCCAGUUAGCACAUUAACAACACAACCCAACGCUGAAAGACUAAAGUGCUUAUUGUGAGCUAUAGAACUAAAAACAUUGCAAACAAUUUCUGCUAAAAAGGUAAAUGGCUAAAAAAUAAGCUUACCAAACAUCAGAAGUUUGUUUCAACUUAAUGAAACGCUUGACUUCCGUCCCUUCUUUGCUUUCUUUAUUUCUGUUUCUGUCCUUGUGUUCUGAGCUUGAACUACCCAUCACUCACCAAUAGGCUCCACCUGCUCCAAUGCCAAUUCUCUAUGCUUAAUUUGCUAAAACACAGCCAACAUGGUGCAGGACAAAC